AUGAACAAGGCCAACAUUGCCCGCUCCAAUACCGGCUGUCCAUGUAGCGUCUCGGCAGUCAUAUCAGUGACUCACGAAACUCUCGUCUGCACCAGUAUCGUCUUUUGGACCGUGUCGAUACAUCACCACAGCUCCCCACGCUUGAACAAGACGGCCAUGAUACAGAAGAUCUCUGCGGAGAAGCCUAGAUGGCAGGUGCCACCUGUCACAGCCACCUAUAUAAGUAGACUUAGACACAGACAUCACCUACCACGACUUAUGCCCUAUACGCGCGGCACGCUAGACUAA